UUCGUAUAAAUUUCAGUACUUCGAUUUUAGUUUCGACAGUUCAAAACCCUAAUCCUGGGAUCAGCCGAAAAGGCUAUUCAUUUGGAGACCACCAACAGCUCAUAAGGGUUUCAAAAACCCUUACUGCUUCCAAUCUACUUACGUGUUUCAUUUGAUUUUGUUCUGAUUCAUAUAGUUACAAAGCAUUUGUUAAUAAGACUUGCAGCUGCCAUUGAUUCAAUUUCGAUAUUGAGAGAUUUUUGCGAUGCACCGUGUUGGCAGUGCAGGGAACACGUCCAAUUCAACCCGUCCUCGUAAGGAAAAGAGGUUAACGUAUGUUCUAAGUGAUGCUGAUGACACAAAGGAUGCUAAUGUCCCUAAGGAACCCUGCUUAAAUUGUCAGGAACAAAUCAUUCAUCACUGUGCAGGCAUAAAUUGUUUAGCUGUAUUAAAGGCAUCUGCACCUGAUGCCUGUGAUUAUCUAUUUACUGGAAGCCGAGAUGGGACUUUGAAGAGGUGGGCAUUAACUGAAAAUGCUGCUACCUGCUCUGCCACAUUUGAAUCUCAUGUUGAUUGGGUUAAUGAUGCUGUCCUUGCAGGCAAUAACACCCUUGUUUCAUGUUCUUCAGACACAACCCUUAAGACAUGGAAUUGCUUGUCUGACGGAGCUUGUAGCAGAACUCUGCGCCAACAUACUGACUAUGUCACUUGUCUUGCUACUGCUAAAAAAAAUAGCAAUAUUGUUGCCUCGGGUGGACUUGGUGGGGAGGUUUUCAUAUGGGAUCUUGAAGCUGCCCUUGUUCCUGUCUCAAAGUCAGCUGAGACCAUGGAGGAUGAUUGCGAAAAUGGUAUUAUUAGUGCUGGAAAUUCUGGGAUGCCAAUUACAGGUCUUUGUUCAAUUAGUUCAGCCAGCAGUAUAUCUCUCCACACGACUCAGUCACAUGGAUAUAGUCCUAUUGCUGCCAAAGGCCAUAAAGAGUCAGUCUAUGCAUUGGCAAUGAAUGACAGUGGAAGCUUACUUGUUUCUGGAGGAACUGAAAAGGUUUUGCGUGUUUGGGAUCCAAGAACUGGUUCAAAGACAAUGAAGCUAAGAGGCCAUACUGAUAACAUCAGGGCUCUGCUUCUGGAUCCAACUGGCAGGUUUUGCUUGUCGGGAUCAUCUGAUUCUAUGAUCAGGCUAUGGGAUCUUGGUCAGCAGCGAUGUGUGCAUUCUUAUGCUGUACAUACAGACUCUGUUUGGGCACUAGCGAGCACUCCAACAUUCAGCCACGUUUAUAGUGGUGGGAGGGAUCUUUCUUUAUACCUGACGGACUUGACGACAAGAGAGAGUGUUUUGCUUUGUACAAAAGAACACCCUAUUUUGCAGCUGGCCUUGCAUGAUGACAGCAUAUGGGUUGCAACUACAGAUUCUUCUGUACAUAGGUGGCUGGCUGAUGGCCGUAACCCUCAGAAGGUUUUUCAAAGAGGUGGUUCAUUCUUGGCUGGCAACUUGUCCUUUACCAGGGCCAGAGCUUGCUUGGAAGGCUCUACUCCUGUCCCUGUUUACAAGGAACCAUCUUUUACAAUUCCUGGAACCCCAGGAAUUGUACAGCAUAAAAUUUUAAAUAAUAGAAGGCAUGUCCUGACUAAGGAUACUGCAGGCUCAGUGAAGCUAUGGGAGAUCACCAGGGGCAUUGUGGUUGAGGAUUAUGGCAAGGUUUCAUUUGAAGAGAAGAAGGAAGAAUUAUUUGAGAUGGUAAGUAUUCCUGCAUGGUACACUACGGAUACUAGGCUUGGAAGCUUGUCCAUCCAUUUGGAUACCCCACAAUGCUUUUCUGCAGAAAUGUACUCUGCUGACCUUAACAUAUUUGGGAAACCUGAGGAUGACAAGGUCAAUCUAGCCCGGGAGACCCUUAAGGGGUUGUUGGCUCAUUGGUUGGCCAAAAGGAAGAAAAGAUCUGGACAACAGGCUUCAGCUAAUGGUGAUGUUGCAUCAAAGGACAUGGCUGUUAGAAACCAUUCCCAGUCAAGAAUUGAGAUUGAUGGUAAUGCAGACAGUGACUCAAUGGUCUAUCCUCCGUUUGAGUUCUCAACAGUUUCCCCACCCUCUAUAAUUACUGAGGGUUCCCAUGGAGGUCCAUGGAGAAAGAAAAUAACUGAGUUGAACGGAAGUGAAGAUGAGAAAGAUUUACCAUGGUGGUGUCUCGAUUGUGUCUUGAAUAAUCGAUUACCACCCAAAGAAAAUACCAAAUGCAGCUUUUACUUACAUCCAUGCGAAGGUUCAACUGUCCCAGUCCUCACACAAGGGAAACUAAGUGCACCUCGGAUACUGCGGAUACAUAAAGUUGUUAACUAUGUCGUAGAAAAGAUGGUUCUUGACAAACCAUUGGAAGGCGGAAAUUCAGAUGGAACAUAUGCUCCUGGUUUGCCUGGGCAAUCACAACUUGCAACACUUGGAGGGGAUGGUUCAUUCCGCCCUGGCUUGAAGCCCUGGCAAAAGCUAAAGCCUUUUAUAGAGAUCCUGUGCAAUAAUCAGGUUUUAUCCCCUGACAUGAGCUUAGCAACGGUGCGAGCUUAUGUAUGGAAAAAGAAUGAUGACUUGGUCCUUAAUUAUAGGAUAGUGCAGGGUCGAUGAUCUCUUCACUCAAUGGAAGGAGAUGGUUGCUGGAUUGGAGUUUCUGGCCUGUGGUGGAAAGGUCAGGCAUGUAAAUUACAGGAGUAUAACUGAUUCUUCAAGGCUGCUGGUCAUGAUUGGAAUUGCUUAUUGCUUUCUUGUAAAUUUGGAAAGCUGAUUAUUCGACAAAGUGUUGUUGAAAACUUGCAGAGUUUCCUUGGAGAAAUUUUCUAGCCUGGUACAUGAUAUUUCAAGACAAGAGUUUGUGUUGCAAGCAUGUAGGCAGGUGAUUGAUGGUCAGGGUGUACUUAUUCUCAGCGAAAUUGACUGGCUAGAGGCAGGAGGUUAUGAAAUUGUAAAUGAGAAAAAAAAAACGAUGUUACAAUUGUAGAAAACAACCUUAAAAGGAGCAAAAUUAGAGAUAAAGACAAUGCCAAAAGCUGUGUAGAUGAGGAUCUGUGGGGCACCUAAAGAACUGUUUUUAGAAAGUAUUGUUUGUUGGUAAUAAAACAAUUUCUGCUUGUGUGAAACUAGUCAUUCAAUUUAUAUAUUCCUUUUCUUCAUC